CUCAUCAUAGCAGCUUUUGAUCCAUGUAUAAUAUAGUAAGAAAACUCGAAUAUGUAUAUAUACAAUACCCACUUAAAAAAAUAAAUGAAUAAAUCAUGUAAAUUUUCAUUCUUAAAUACUUCGCUAUUAAGAAACCAGUCUACUAUUGUAUAUACAUACAUAUAUAUAGAUAUAUGUGUGUGUAUGUGUGUAUAAAGUAAUAAGACGAAAAAUCUUUGAAUUGAGUGUAUAUUAUGAAUAUAGGUAUAUCACGGCAUAAUUGGACAGUAUUGUAUGUCCAGUGCAAAUGAGUGGCUUAUACUGCACUUCUGCUCACCGAACCUCCCGGGAUAGUACACCUCAAUCAACCACCACCAACGGAUCUUUCUUUUCCAUCGCCUACAGACCCGUAGCCCCGACCAGCCAUGAGUGCCGAACAAAAGACCGUUGCCGUCAACAAGAUGAAGGCUCUCCACAUCGAGAAGCUUGUUCUCAACAUUUGCGUUGGUGAGUCUGGUGAUAGACUUACCCGUGCUGCCAAGGUCCUCGAGCAGUUGACCGGUCAGACUCCCGUCUACUCCAAGGCCCGUUACACCGUCCGUACCUUUGGUAUCCGUCGUAACGAGAAGAUCUCCGUUCACGUCACCGUCCGUGGUCCCAAGGCUGAGGAGAUCCUCGAGCGUGGUCUCAAGGUCAAGGAGUACGAGCUCCGUGCCCGCAACUUCUCUGAGACCGGUAACUUCGGUUUCGGUAUUGAUGAGCACAUUGACUUGGGUAUCAAGUACGAUCCUUCCAUCGGUAUUUACGGUAUGGACUACUACAUCGUCAUGGGCCGUCCCGGUAACCGUGUCGCUCGCCGCAAGCACUGCAAGUCCAAGGUUGGCGCCACCCACCGUAUCAAGAAGGAGGAGUCUGUCGAAUGGUUCAAGACCCGCUUCGAUGGUGUUGUCAGCAACAAGUAAAUUUCUUGCCAUUUGUUCGAAUGUUUUACUAUUUUUUUUGCAUAAUAAAGUGUAGUUAAAGCAACUUUUAUUCGUAAAUG